AUGAUGCUCACGAUCAAGUACACUGCACUGCUGAAUAUUCUGACCGCAGCGCAGAUUAUCUACGCCACGCCCGGCAACGCGGACGACAGGUGUGGCAUUGACGAAGCCAUCUACGAAGCCCCCAGCUGGGCAUUGACGAAUAUCACCAGGCGCAAGUUCACCAGACAGAUUCCCGCUGCUCCUUCUCGAGCACCGAGCACCGAGGAAAUUUGGAUGAGAUUCGACAUCAGCAGCCCUGAUCUCGACCCUCUGUACUGCUACAUGCUGGUCCACGUCAAGGAGGACGCGAGGCAUGCUUCCUUCUCCGACCAAAGGUGUGUCGGGAGCAAUUUCAGCGUGUCCUGGGGCUACACCAAGGACGACGACGACGCGGGCAUCAUGACCAUCGUGAAGUAG